GCCCCUUCUCCCUCCCACCAUCAAGCAUUAAAGUCUCUCUUCUCUCUCUCUCUGCUUCGAAAUCACUUUACUCUCUCCACUCCUACCAGUCUUUUUACCUUCGCCGGAGAAGCUCUCGUUCCUUUCUCUACCUUAAACGUAGUUCUCAACGUUCGAGCUCUUGCUUCCCACUGUGUGCAGAUCUCCAGCCGCAUUUCGUGGAUCUGUGAAAAUCGCGUUAAACCUACUACUCGACCCCUAGGGUUUUGUGCUGGGGGAAGAAGAAAUCAAUCAAUGUCUGCGAAGCUUUGAGAGGAAGUCAUGGUCAGACGUUUUGAUUCUUUGAAUAUUCGGUGGUAAAGAUGCGGAGGUUCGGUGUCUCCUUUGGUGACGAAUGUUGGUUUUAGAGUAUCGAUAAAAGAUGAGGAACUUUGCGAUAGUUGUGCUUCUUCUUCAUUCUCUCGCCUCCUUUCCCUUAUGCUCUGCUAGGCUCUUUCCUAUGAGCUUUCCAUUUACCCGAUCAAAAUCUCAUCAAAUGCGUUUUUUCCAUCCUCAUCUUUAUCCAUCUACUCCUCCUGUAUCUUCACCAGCAUUUUCCCCCAACCCAAGUCACAUUCCGACGCAAAGACAGAGGGGGCAUCAUCACCAUCAUCGUCGUUGGCAUUUAAGACGCAAUGUGACUGCAGCUCCACCUUCCUCCAAUGCUUGUCAGCAGACAUGCGUGGAGCCUCUUACUUCAACUCCCUUUGGUUCACCUUGUGGUUGUGUUUUCCCCAUGAAAGUUCAGCUUCUUCUAAGUGUUGCGCCUUUUUCUAUUUUCCCCGUCACCAGCGAGUUAGAAAUUGAGGUUGCUGCUGGAACAUACUUGGAACAAAGCCAAGUCAAAAUAAUGGGUGCCAGUGCCGACGCUGAAAACCAAGGGAAAACUGUGGUGGAUUUUAACCUUGUUCCACUUGGGGAAAAAUUCGACAAUACUACGGCCACCCUUAUUUAUCAAAGGUUCCGCCACAAGAAAGUGCCUCUUAAUGAGUCUGUUUUUGGUGAUUAUGAGGUCACGCACAUAAGUUAUCCAGGUAUUCCUUCUUCUUCGCCAUAUGGAGACAUUGUGGAGGGUGUUCCAAGUGCAAGUACUGAAGGGCUUCCAGUCACUGCAAACGUUGCCAACAAAAGCCAGGGAAUAGGUUUUAGAACGAUUGCAAUCAUUGUCUUGUCAGGUUUCGUGCUCGCUCUUGUUUUGGCUGGAGCUAUAUUUACAGUCAGGAAAUGGAAUAAAGUUGGGAAGUCAUCAACUGCUGUUGGUCCUGGAUUGCCUCCAUCGAUGAACAAAAGGCUUGGUGUAAGAUCUAUGUUUUCCAGUAGCGCCAGAAGCUCGGGAUCAGAUUCAUUGAUGUCGUCGAUGGCUACGUGUGCUUUAUCCGUGAAGACCUUCACACUUUCCGAGCUGGAGAAGGCAACUGAUAAAUUCAGUGCCAAGAGGGUUUUGGGAGAGGGAGGAUUUGGUCGUGUUUAUCAUGGCAGCAUGGAAGAUGGAACCGAGAUUGCAGUUAAACUGCUGACUAGGGACAAUCAGAAUCGAGACCGUGAAUUUAUUGCAGAAGUCGAGAUGCUAAGCCGUCUGCACCACCGCAAUCUUGUGAAGCUGAUUGGAAUAUGCAUUGAAGGCCGUACACGUUGCUUGAUUUACGAGCUCGUCCACAAUGGAAGUGUUGAGUCCCACUUACACGAAGGAACGCUUGACUGGGAUGCGCGGUUGAAGAUUGCACUCGGAGCAGCGAGAGGACUGGCCUAUCUCCAUGAAGAUUCGAAUCCCCGAGUAAUCCACCGGGAUUUCAAGGCUAGCAAUGUUCUCCUAGAAGAUGACUUUACACCAAAGGUCUCAGACUUUGGAUUGGCGAGAGAAGCUACCGAAGGAAGUGAACAUAUUUCCACUCGUGUCAUGGGGACCUUUGGGUAUGUGGCCCCUGAGUAUGCAAUGACGGGGCAUCUCCUUGUGAAAAGCGAUGUUUAUAGUUACGGUGUGGUUCUCCUCGAGCUUCUCACGGGUAGAAAACCGGUAGACAUGUCUCAACCUUCGGGAGAAGAAAACCUUGUGACGUGGGCGAGACCUUUACUAGCCAACAGAGAGGGGCUGGAGCAAUUGGUGGACCCCAGAUUGGCUGGAACCUACGACUUUGAUGACAUGGCGAAAGUGGCUGCGAUUGCCUCCAUGUGCGUCCACCAAGAGGUCUCACACAGACCGUUCAUGGGUGAAGUGGUGCAGGCACUGAAACUUAUAUACAACGAUGCAGAUGAGACCUGUGGGGACUAUUGCAGCCAGAAGGAGUCAUCAGUACCGGAAUCUGCAGGCGAUCUGGCUUUCUCGGAUAGCAGCUGGUGGAACUUGACACCUCGGUUAAGGUAUGGUCAAGCGUCUACGUUCAUAACCAUGGAUUAUAGCUCAGGACCGCUUGAGGAGAUGGAGAACCGGCCUCACUCUGUCUCUAGCAUUCCGAGAGGAGGCCUGUAUCUACCAAACAGGUCAGGUCCGUUAAGGCCAGUUCGAACUAGAAGAAACUUUUUCAGAUUGAGAGGAAGCAUGAGCGAACAUGCUGGACCAUCAUCAUCUAGACAUCUCUGGUCCGGGAAUGGCGACUGGUUCUAGGAAACCAGAAAUGUACAGUGAAGAAAAGGGCUCACAACUCUUGAGCUGCAUGGUUAGGUUUGGUCUAAUCCAGUUCGGUUCGGUUCAUCAGGCUGGGUAAAGACAUUCCGCUUAGAAGUUUAUAUUUUUGUUUUUUUUCACUUUUCACUUCUUAAGCAAAACUAGAUUUAAUUGUUUGUUUUUGCGAGGAUGCAAAAGCAACAGCACAGAGAGGGUGGGUUUGGUUUGUAUGUUGAAGGACGUCUGUAUCUAUUUCUGUAUUUUCUUCUUCGCCUACAAAAAGAAACUUUUUAUUAUUUUUAGUGAAGUUAGUGUAAGCCUUUUUUGUUUUUUUUAA